GCCUGCGGGGAGUUGCGCAUGCGCAUUCUCAGUCAGACCAGAGCUCCUGCCUUUGGGCCCAGAGCGGCGGUGUCGCAGUCUUCUCUGAUUGAGACUGUGGCGGCGGCGGCGGCGGCGGCGGCGGCCGCAGAAUCUAAGGCUACUCAAUGGUCCCACUGUAGCCUGAGGCCACCUUCCCGCAAGGCUGUGCCAAAGCAGGAAUGUCACCGCCACCGCAGCUGCCGCCGCCGCCGCCGCCUGGCUGGCGCCUAAUUAGCUUGUUACUAGGCUUCUGGAUCGUCCUGGAGUCUUCAGCGCAAGGCAACUCAGAUACAGAUGCUCUGAACGUCCUUCUGAUCAUCGUGGAUGAUCUUCGACCCUCCCUGGGCUGUUAUGGAGAUAAGCUAGUGAGGUCCCCAAACAUUGACCAGUUGGCAUCCCAUAGCAUUGUCUUUCAGAAUGCCUUUGCCCAGCAAGCAGUGUGCGCACCAAGUCGUGUGUCUUUUCUCACUGGGAGGAGACCUGACACCACCCACCUGUAUGACUUCAACUCCUACUGGAGGGUACACUCGGGAAAUUUUUCCACCAUCCCACAAUACUUCAAGGAGAAUGGCUACGUGACCAUGUCGGUUGGGAAAGUCUUUCACCCUGGUAUAUCUUCCAAUCACAGUGAUGAUUCUCCAUAUAGUUGGUCUUUUCCACCUUAUCAUCCAAGUUCAGAGAAGUAUGAAAACACUAAGACAUGUAGGGGAAAAGAUGGAAAACUCCAUGCCAACCUGCUUUGUCCUGUGGAUGUGGCAGAUGUGCCCGAAGGCACCUUGCCUGACAAACAGAGCACAGAGGAAGCCAUUCGAUUGUUGGAAAAGUUGAAAUCAUCUGUCAGUCCUUUCUUCCUGGCAGUUGGGUAUCACAAGCCACACAUCCCCUUCAGAUACCCCAAGGAAUUUCAGAAGUUAUAUCCCUUGGAAAACAUCACCCUGGCUCCUGAUCCCAGUGUUCCGGAUGGCCUACCAGCUGUAGCCUACAACCCUUGGAUGGAUAUCAGGGAGCGGGAGGAUGUCCAAGCCUUAAACAUCAGUGUGCCCUUUGGCCCAAUUCCUGUGGAUUUUCAGCGGAAAAUCCGCCAGAGCUACUUUGCUUCUGUGUCCUAUUUGGAUACUCAGGUUGGGCAUCUUUUGAGUGCUUUGGAUGAUCUUCAUCUAGCCAACAACACAAUUAUUGCUUUCACAUCUGAUCAUGGAUGGGCCCUAGGUGAACACGGAGAAUGGGCAAAAUACAGCAACUUUGAUGUGACUACCCGUGUACCGCUGAUGUUCUAUGUUCCUGGAAAGACAGCUCCACCUGUUGGAGAAGGCGAGAAGCUUUUCCUUUACCGGGACCCUUUUGAUGUCUCCUCAGAAUUGAUGAAGCCAGGCAGGCUUGUCACGGACCUCGUGGAACUUGUAUCUCUCUUCCCAACGCUCACUGGACUUGCAGGACUGCAAGUUCCUCCUCGGUGCCCCAUUCCUUCUUUUCAUGUUGAGCUGUGCAGAGAAGGCCAGAAUCUCCAGAAGCAUUUGCAACCCCAUGACUUGGAAGAGGAUCCAUACUUCCUUGGUAAUUCCAGGGACUCGAUUGCCUAUAGCCAGUACCCCCGGCCUGCAGAUUUCCCUCAGUGGAAUUCUGACAAACCAAGCUUAAAUGAUAUAAAGAUCAUGGGCUACUCCAUACGUACCAUAGACUAUAGGUAUACUGUGUGGGUUGGCUUCAAUCCUGGUGAAUUUCAGGCUAACUUUUCUGACAUCCAUGCAGGGGAACUCUAUUUUGUGGAUUCUGACCCACUGCAGGAUCACAAUGUAUAUAAUGACUCCCAACAUGGAGGUCUUCCCCACUCAUUGAAGCCUUGAGUUCUGCCAGCUGCAGAAGACAAGUAUGUGUCCCUUUCCCCACUACUAUUUGGUGAAGGGAGACAUUAGAGUUGGUUAACUUUUACUACCACUGUGUUAGACAUAACCUUAGUGGGAAACAAUCAAAACAUGCAUCAGCAAUCUGACCUAGGACUAUGUGGCAGACAAACCUUUUAAUGUAGUCCUUCUUAAGUUAUAAUUGGUCAUUGUACUUGACCUAGCCAAACAUAAUACUGCACUCAAGAAAUAAUUACUUGUUCAAAUUAGUGCAUUUCAAAAAGUAACCAGUGUAGUCAGAACAUGUUAACAUGAGAUUCAUUUCUUUCUCAAAUGUGAAAUAAGUGAUUAUUCUAGAAGAAAGUACUAUAUUUUCUAUGCUUAAUUUUUGCUUCUAAGACUACAGAUUUCAAAAUUUAAGGUAAAAUACACAUGAGUGUUUCUUCAUUAAAUAAUAAGUAAUGCUUAGUAAAGUAUAGAUGAAGAUAAAAAAAUUCAGUUAACUAUUUCAACACUCUCUGGCCCAAAUAAUACUUUGUAGUAAAUCUUAUAACUUGAAUUUAGUGGCUAUCUAUUAAAAACUCUGUUAUUCAAAUUGAAAAGCAUUAAAAAUGAAACUAUUUCCAUGAUUUGAAUCAUUCAAAAUAGUGUUCAUAUUUGUGUUUUGAGAAUUGCAGACAUUCAUUUAUCUGGGAGGCAGGAGGUACACUACUUCUACUUUUUGGUAAAGAAAACAUGAAUUUAUGAAAUGUAAAUUAUCUUGAGGCUUGUGGAAAAUUAAUAGAGUAAAAGUAAUUUUUGUUUUAAAAUUUUUAUUAAAAUGUAUUCAUUUUUAAUUCCAGCUGUAACUCCCUCCCUCAUCCCCUCCCAAUCCUUCUUCCUUCUACUCCUCCCAUUCCCUUCCCCAAGUUCACUGAUAGGGGAGGUCUUCCUCCCCUUCCAUCUGACCCUAGGCUCUCAGGUCUCAUCAGGAGUGGCUGCAUUGUCUUCCUCUGUGGGCUGGUAAGACUGCCCCCUCCUCAGAGGGAGUGGAUCAAAGAGGUAGCCACUGAUUUCAUGUCAGAGACAGUCCCUGUUUCCUUCACUAAGGAAACUACUUAGAGACUGAGCUGCCAUGGGCUAUAUCUGUAUAUAGAAGUUCUAUAUCUAUAUAUAGAACUCCUAUAUAUAGGAGUUCUAUGUUAUCUCCACAAAUGGUCCUUAGUUGGAGUAUCAUUCUCAGAAAAGACCGAUGGGCCCAGAUUUUUUGGUUCUGUUGCUCUCCUUGUGGAGCUCCUAUCCUCUCCAGGUCUUUCAUAAGAUUUUCCCUUCUGUCAUAAGAUUCUCUACACUCUGCAAAAAGUCUAGCUAUGAGUCUCAGCAUCUGCUUUAAUAUCUUGCUGGGUAGAGUCUUUCAGAGUCCUUCUUUAGUAGGCUUCUGUUCUGUUCCUUGUUUUCUCCCUCUUCUGAUGUCUAUCCCAUGUGCCUUUCUGAAUGAGGAUUGAGCAUCUUACCAAUUCUGCAUUGCCUAAGUAUGAAAGUAAGUAGAAAAGCAUGUAGUAACUAUGAGGUUAUUUCAUUACCAUCAUCAAAGAAAAGUCAAUGUUAUAAUGUGAAAACUGCUCAGUUAUCAAUAGUCAACAGCUCUCUAAAUAAACAUACUAUGUAUUUGAUUUUAUAUUAAAAUGAGUAAUUUCAAUAAUUUUCUUAAAAAUGCCUCAGUAUCUCAAGGUACAUGUUUGUGAAAAUAUAUCAAAUAGCUAAUUAGAUUAAAUUACUGCCAUGUAUUAAAUUGUAACCAAAAAGCCAAGAUAUUACUUUUAAGUCUGUAAAAUUUCAAAGACAGAUAAUUUUUUACUUAUUGGCCUAUAAUAGAGGGGUAGCUGAUAGUAUAAAGAUUUCCUGAGUAAUUAAGUGACUGUUUUGGCAACAGCAAUGCUGGUUUGGGAUUGAUGGUCCCAUUUAUCUCUCCUGAUGUUCAAAUUUGUUAAUUCUCUAUAAACUGUCUUUUGUAGAUGAUUUCCUUAAGUCUUUUCUUGUUCUUUAUCCUUAUUGCUCUCAUUAUAUUCACUCAGUGUCAUUUUUACAAUUUAAUUUAGAAAUAUUUCACAGCAUUGUUUUUUUGUUUGUUUAGUGUCAUGUACUUCAUAGUUAUAGGGACAGUUUUUGACACAGGUUUUUAAAAAUUUUACAUCCAUUUAUUGUUCCUGUUUUACCAUAUUAUAUACAAUUUAUAUUUUCUUAUUUUCUCUCCUGAAGGCACAGCUUUAGGGUCAAACCCCUCUGAAUUCUGCUUCCAAUGAAGUCAUAACCCUGGUGGUAGCCACAAAGCAUAUCUGGUUAUUUAAGUAUAAAUAUAAAAUAACGAAUAUUUCUGUUACAUCAUAAUUCAAGUACUCAGUACCCAGAAUUAGAGCCUUUCCAUCAUAGCAGACUGGACAGAGCUGCCCUGGAUUCCAGCUAUGUGCAGGCCUUGAUUGGCAGGUUUCUACUGUCCUGCAUUUGUCCACAAUGAGCAAACUAUGUUUGGUUUAGGCAUAGAGUAGGGAUUUUACUGUGGCCAUCAGCCCCUUCCUUCCACUCAUCACCAUUGCCCUCUGUCCUUUUCCCUUUCUUUCCCAAGUAGUUUACCUCCCCUCCUUUUGCCUCCCCUGUUCCUUAAGGAAUCCAUGUGUCUUCCUAAAGUCCCUUUUAACCCCUGCCCUUUGAGAACACCGUCAGUGCCUACUAAGGGUCCAUAAAGACCUCGAUGAGCAGUCAGAGUCUUCCCUGGCUCCACAUGCCCCUUUCCUUGGCUGACUCUCCCUUGCCAACCCCUGCCUCCCUGGCCCUCAUAGCCUGUGCCCUCUCUUCUGUACUCCAACCCUUCAUGUCCAUUCUCCAUAACCUAGCUCCCCUGCCCCACUGCUCAGAGGCUGAGGCUUUCAGGAUGCUCUAGACUGUGUUAUGGGGAAAAAUGAACACAUCUAAAACAAUCUGCUAUUUACUCUACUUUUAAAAGGCAUUUCUUCUCCUUAUGAAUUUGAUGUGUUAAUUAUAGAAAACUUGGAAAGUGAAAUGCAAUAAAAGGUGAGAAAAUGUCUGAAUGCUUUAUAAUGAGAUUGUCCUUUUGUGGGUAUGAAUAUUUUAAAUUCUUGAUCAUCUAUGUUUUUUUAUAAUACAAUUUCUGCUCUUACUUUCUCUCUAAACAUUAUGUAUGAUUACUAGUGAUAUUUGCAGAUAUGAUACAUUGCUGAUAAUAUGUGUUAUUACAUAGUGUUGUUGUAAUUCCUCAACCUUCUGAUUUUGGCAGAUAUGCUACAUUGCUAUUACAAAGUGUUAUUGUAAUUUUCUUAACCUUCUUCCAGUUGUUGGAAAUUUAGGUUAUUUUCAAAUUUUCAUUCUUACAAAUAAUGCUGUGAUCAGUCUUUUGAAUACAAUGUUUUCAUUUAUUUCAAAAUAUUCCCUUAGGAUAGUCUUUUAGUGCCAAGUCAUCAAACAGCUCUCUUUUCUCUUUACUCUUACUAGUAUAGCAUACCAAAGUUAGAGAACAAAGUUAACAAGCCUAUAAAUAAUUAACACAAUACCUAGAAAGAAAGCCUGUAGUCCUACAAUAAUAGGUGAAAGUGGUGUCCUGCUUUGACUGCUGAUUCUUUGAUUAUGACUGACAUGAACCAUUAUUCUCUCUGUAUUAUAGUUGGGUAUUUGCAUUUGCAGUUGUGUGACUUUGUGUGGUCAUGCUAUGGGUCUUACCUUUUCAUGUAAUAAAAUGAAAUGCUGUUA